AUGCAAGCUGUGCGCCAUCACCCUCCUGGCGGUACUGAGAAGCUCAAAAUCACUCUGGAAGAUAUACCAGUCAUUGCUGAAGAUGAAGUCCUCGUCAAAGUACACGCGGCCAGCGUCAUCUGGAUGGAGCUCUACUGGCCGAUCUACCAGAAGGAGGAUGGUACAUUCAAAACCCCUAUUCUCGGAGAGGACUACUCUGGCGUUAUAGCGCAAGUCGGAUCCGGGGUGCCACAUGACAGCGGCCUCGAAGUCGGCCUUGAAGUCAUGGCCUUCAUGAGCAAAGCCUUUCCUACUAAACGAAGCAUCGACGGGGGCAUGGCUGGCUAUGCGAAGGCCCAAUUUUCCCACAUGGUUCCAAAGCCCCGAGCUUUAAGCCUCACCGACGCUGCAUCGGUGCCACUUUCUGCCCUUACGGCAUGGCAGGGAUUGAUGGUGCACGCGAAGCUCAAAGCUGGACAGACCCUACUGGUCCCUGGAGCGGCAGGCCCGACUUCAAUCUGGGCCGUUCAGAUUGGCAAGAUGCUCGGGGCCCGAGUUAUCGGUACAGCAUCGACCGAAGAAAGCUUCAAGCUCCUUAAGUCAUUCGGAGUGGAUCAGGUCUUAAACUACAAGGAAGUCAAGUUAGGCUCUGUUUUGAGGAACGUCGACGUUGUCUUCGACACCGUAUGCGGUGACACGUCGAGGGAGGCCUUGAAGACUCUAAACAAAGACGGCACGCUUCUCCACCUCGUGGGUGAACCGCCAGAUGACAUUGGCAAAGACCCGAGGGUAAACUUCUUUAUUGUCGACAUGGAUGCAGGGCAGUUGACGAAUAUUGCGGACCUGAUUGACGAGGGCAAGCUGAAGCCUGUCAUCGACUCGGUAUUUGACUUCCACGACGUCGUACAGGCAUUCAAGAGGGGUGAGACUGGACACGCUCAUGGAAAGAUCCUUCUCAAGGGCCCCAAAGUGUGA